GCUCGAUUUCAUGGCCAUCUGAUUCACAUCCCUUGCAGGCAGUGAGAGAGAAAAAAACGCACACAAAGUUUUCCUACGGAAUGUGUGCAGUGCGAUUCCAAAUUAAGCAGUUUUGUAAUCGUCCAUAGUAAUUCGUUGUUCGGGGUGAAAUAGAUUAUUGUGUCGGUCGAAUGGUUGACUGACCGAAUAUUGGUGGCGUCCAUAAUAGCAAGUGAAUCGGGUAAAGAAGUGAAGCCGUCUUUUUGUUAUUUAUGUUGUGUCUCGACGAUUUAUCGUAUCUGAAAACAAGUGGAAAAUCGGACUAGCGGUCACAAAUAUAUAACCCAAGAAUAUGGCAGCACCGACGGUCGGAUUUAUUUGCACACUGAGUAAGGUCGGGAACCUGUAGCGAACGUUUCGGGUGUAAAACGGAACGGAAGUGAUAUCGGAAAUAGAUAAUGUGUGCUGCCUGCCUGCAGCAUAGCAGAACGGUGCGCAUUCGAAGGAAACAUUUGAAGGCAUGGCAAAUUUCUAAAAGGGGAAACAACGCGUAAUGUAACCAUAAUGUACCGAUUCUUCCCCGUCCUUGAGGUUGGCUGAGCGUGAGAAGUAGUGUUUGACAAAGAAAAAAAAAGAGAACGAUGGCACUUAAUAUAAACAACAACAAAACACAAAUACUGCAGUACACUCAGCAGAUUGGUGAAUGAAAAGUGUUAUUAUUUGAGAAUGAAACUCCUUUCAUGUGUGCUGACAAACAUACUCACUUCACCAUUCAAAACAUCAGCUGCCGUUACACUCAUACACUUCCUUUAUACAUGUUAACCAGAAUUUGCAUCAUUAAAACUGCCAAAAAACGCUCUGGUGGGACAGUUCCGUUUCUCUCGCAUCAGUAUUGAAUUUUUGAUCGCUUCAAAACAAUAUUCUGAGCGAUUAUGCAAUUGAAAACGAUUACGUCUAUGUAAAACCUUAAAAAACAGGAGCAAAUGUACUGGUGGACGGCCACUUACAUGGCGAUCUUCAUAUACGUAUCCGAUCACGAACGUUGUGUUACGUCCUGUGGAUAGUGAAACCUACGAACAGAAUUUAAAUUUACAUUCAAAUCAUAGUAGCACUGACUUGAACACCAAACAAAACAACAACAACAUAAAAAAAACCCUCCACAGCAGGUGGUGUCAGAUAUGGUUGGUCGAUGUAUCGUACCGUAGCAAAUAAUGUAAGCCGCGCCGGAGGAGCGGACCACAAUCGGAACGUCGUAAAUUGCGGCCUGCCGCGCUGUAAACUUAAUCAAUCGAUAGCAAUCCGUCGUGCAGAAUAUUUGCGCGAGAUAAAGGCAAAUCGUUGGAACAAUGAACAUGGAGACGACUCACUUGGUCACGGAAUUCAUCACGCAUACUGGAGCUAAUACACAAGAUGCCGUCAGCUGUUUAAAAUCUUGGGAGUGGGAUUUGAAGAAAGCGCUAAUCGAUUACAAUGAUACUUCGACUACGGAAUAUUUCAACAACAAGAAAAAUGAAAACGAAGAUCUAAUGAAAGCACAAUCAUCCGCAUCCACAUCGGCGCCACAUUUGUACGGAUCGGCGUCUCCUUCCAUGCUGCCAUCGGCAACAGCGGCGCGAUCGAUGCUAUCCGCGGGUACAUUUAGUAAAGUUCAACGCCAACCCAACCACCACCCGCUACAUGUGCAGCAACACAUUCAUGAUUCACAAUAUUCAUACGUCACUAACGGGAGUGUGAUCUGCAACAAGAACGGCACAUUUGGUGAAAGCAACCGAAUAAUUAGCAAUAGCAGCAAUAACAUAACGACCACCGCCGCGCAAAUGCAAUCUCCAUCGGUAAAGCUAUCCACCUCAUCGCUGUCCGCGGUGAAGUCGCAUCGCAAUCCACCACCGUUUAACCAUUUUAACCAUUCCGGGUCGUCGGCCACCGGGGGCAUGCCGAUGCUGGGGAAUGCGCAUCCGGACAGCUGCAUCAGCGGCAGCAGCAGCAGCAGCUGUGGCGUCAACUACAGCACUUCCGCAUUACACACACCGACCGUACAGCUGAAGCCAAUGCUCAAGAAAGCCGAUUCAAUUGACAUUUUCGAUAGCAAAAAGUUAGAGCGGGGAAUUUCUCGUGCCACCGAAAAUGUGACACUGGUGUCGCGUGCCAGACAAGAGUUUGAGAUGGAUUUUCACGCUCACAUUCACGAGCAGAAUGACAAAAACUUGAACUUUAUCGAUACGCCGGACUAUACGUUCACGCUGCCCGACCUAACGAAGUAUACGGACGACUUCCGCAAAUUUCUCGAAAAAGAUCUUAUCGAAAACUCUACGCUCAACUCGCUGGAAGCAACGAACCGGCUGAACUGGUGGUAUGAAUCGGGCGCCUGCCGCAAAUUGUGGCCACUGGCAACUACCGGCGAUGGCAACUGCCUGCUACACGCCGCCUCGCUGGCCAUGUGGGGCUUUCACGACCGUCGUUUGACGCUGCGCCGUACGCUGCACGACAUCCUGUCGAAGGAAGAGUUUCGGGACGCGCUGUACCGGCGGUGGCGCUUCCAGCAAACGCGCGUCAACAAGCAGGCAGGGUUUGUGUUCUGCGAAAGCGAGUGGGCCAAGGAAUGGGAAGAAAUUGUGGCCAUCGCGUCACCCGAACCGAGGCGCAAUUCGAAAAGCACAGGCCCGUCCCGUCGUCGAUCACUGUUGAUCGAGAAAAACUUUGACGCUGUAACGGGUGGGACGGGUUCGGCGGCGCUCAUUAACGAUCGGGAGGGCGAAAGUGCUACGUACGAAAGUCUGGAGGAGAUUCAUGUGCUAGCGCUGGCGCACAUUCUGCGACGCACGAUCAUCGUAGUGUCCGAUGUGUUUCUGAGGGACAUUAAUGGCGAAGCAUUUUCACCCAUACCGUUCGGUGGCGUGUACUUGCCGUUCGAGGUACCGUCGAACGAAUGCCACCGUGCGCCGUUGCUGCUGGCGUACGACAUGGCACACUUUUCGGCGCUAGUAGCAAUGGAGGCGGGUAGCGAUAGUCCGCCGGCGCUAAUACCGCUGGUGGACGAAACCAAUCAGCUGCUUCCGAUACAGUUUUGUAUUGAUCCGGGGAAAGAUUUCAACUGGAGCGAGUACGACGGUAGCGACGGAAACUGGAUACUGACGGACCGUGAGCACAUAGCGCUGUUGAAGGAAUAUCUCGACAUAGUGCAUGCAACCGGCCUCGAGAGUCCGGACGAUGAGAUCUACUACGACGAUUACUCCGACGAUGAGUAUGAGAAGAAAAUUGCCGAAGGAGAAAUAGUGUUCACAUCGGACGAAAAUUACAAUCAUAACAUUAGUACGACGCCGGUAGCGGUCACUAGCGCAGCACCAGCAGCAGCAGCUGCAUCCUCGACGGUAGUGGCGGCGACGACAACGACGACCGCAACUCCAGUUGCUGGAGGAACAAUCGCUUCCAUGACGGCUUCCAACCAAUCGCUCCCGGCCGGUAGCAGUGGAAAAGACGCUGGAGGGAAAAGCAAAGCGGCCAAACAGCUGCAAAGUGUUGCCAAACAGUUUGGCAGCAUCGGAAAAUCGAUGAGCCGCAAGCUGCGCAAAAACAUCGGCUCGAUUACACGCAUCGGUAGCAAAAGCAGUCACAGCGGUAGCAGCACCGGUGGAGCCAAUGGUAAAAAGUCACACUACAGCAGCGAUAAGAGCAACUUCCGGAACGAGUAUCCGCGGUUUCGGAUUUUGUGCGCACAGUUAAAAUCGCGCCGCCACGAGUACCAGGAGGAGAUGAUCAAGAACUAUCUCGAGUGCGCCCAGGAGCGGUACCUGGAGGCGGAGAAGUUGCGCGAUCGGAAGGAAAUCGAGCGUCUCACCAAGUACGUGGCUGAGGUAGGACAGCUGCACCACGAGAUUGACUACACGGGUGAUGCAGGUGUGCCGGAACUGUCCGAGCUGGACGGAGGGCCGCCCGUGAACUGUAUCAAUGCCGGGUGUCUCAACUACGGUACAGCGGCAACCAGUUACAUGUGCCUAGAUUGCUAUGAAAUGCAAUGCAAGCGAGAGUCAUCCAACACGAAAUGUAACGUCGACCCGACGGAUUACACCCCUCGCUACGGGACGGGAAAGUCAAAGUUUUACGCUGAAGCUGACAUGGACGCGCACGAUCGAAUACAAAAGCUACCGUCGGCGAGACGCUUGAACGAUCUCGAUCAAACACUCUAUCUGUCGCGAUCGACGUUCUACAACGAUACCAAACCGGACGACAUCCACUCACUGGCGGGCUCUGGCUACAGGCAAAGUGUACCGGAACAGGUGCCACAUGCGGCGGCAGUGGGGUUUGUCAGACAGAAUUCUCAACCGCAACAGCUUCACCAUCAUCAUCAUCAUCACCACCACCAUCACCAGCAGCCGCAGCAGCAGCAGCAGCAACACCAGCCCCACUAUCAUAGAGGAGAAGAAAUGAGCAAACCGUUACACCAUCAACAGCACCAGCACCAGCCGCACGUGGCUACCGCGGCGUGCAUGGAAUAUUCUACCAGUGCCAAACCACCUGCGGGUCCAUCAUCAUCCGGCUCUACCACUUCCAGCUCGAGUGGCAUUGUUGCGUCCGUAUACUCACCGGGCGGCAGUGGACAGAGCGGUACCCCCCACAGUUCGAGCACACCUUACACCCGUACCGAGCGAGCAUUGUGUGUGGUGAAUCUGCCCCCCGUAUCGAGCAGUCCGGGCCCGGAUGGUGGCCAGUUUGCAAACUGCCACAAUGGAAUAGCGGCUACCGGUGUGAACGAAGCCAUACGCUCCAUGCAUCCCUUUUCGUCAUCGUCGUCCUCGUCCUCGCUCGGUGCUGGGGUGGGUGGGGGUAGCGGACACCAAACGGCACCACCACCAAUCGUAACCAGCAGUCACUAUGGCAAAAAUCAGCUUUGCCGCACGGAAGGGUGCAAAUUCUAUGGCAGUAUCAAUACUAACUUUUAUUGCUCCAAGUGCUGUCAAGAGUACAACAUUUAAAGUUCAUUCGCUUUUUUUUUGUAAUCCUUUCUCAGUUCCGCUUGGUAGGAUUGGCUGGAGCUGGAACUGACAAACAAAUACUCAAUUUUUGUUUCGUUUUGUCUUGCUACGUUCGAUAGAGUCUUCAGACGUAGCAGCCUGUCUCUCACUCGCGCGCGCUAUCUCUGCCUUACUAACCACAGAUUGUGCUCGAUCUUUGGAGCAGAAUUAUAAUACAUAAAUGACAACAACAAGCAGAGCAAAGCAUACCAAAAGAAAUACGAAAGGAUACAGGAACACAAAGAUUAUAUUGGCUGUUGAUGUAGCUUAGCGUGUAGUGGCGAAGUCAGUAAAAUUGUGAUAUAAUAUAGGUCAUAUCCACACUGAUUAUCCGAUUUUUGCGAGUGUUGGUAUAUUGAUGUACAUGUUUGACAUACCACUAUACGUUCGUGGAUAUCAGGAUCAAAAUUUACCUAGUGCUCUAUAAACACAACAACUUCUUUCGGUCCGGAAAGAGAGAGAGAGAGAGAGAGAGAGAGAGAGAGAGAGAGAGAGAGAGAGAGAGAGAGAGAGAACGAAAAACAGAGCAAAACACUUGCUUAUAGCAAUGCUGUGCGUCAAUGCUGAGUUGUUUGUUGCUAAGGAACGAACAAGGGACGUUAAGGAGUGCCGUUAUGAAAACUGUCAUUGAAACUCAAACGUUGUUACCUUCAAACCUUUUUUUUGUCAUUUAACCACACUACUUACCCCCUAACGGAGGAAGGACGGACUUUGUGUGUGUGUGUGUGUGUGCGUGUUUGUCUGUUAGCACCUUUUAAGACUAUUUUGUGCAUCGUAUGUUUUAAUGUGUCACUAAGCAUCCAAUAACAUUCUCGCUUGUCCGACAACUUCAAUUCAAUCUUGAUGUCUGUGAAAAAGAUGCAAGAAUCUGUUGUUAUAGGGUUUUGAAGCUGAGCUAGAAUCGGAUCCAUUGUUUUUUUCUUUUUUAUUAAGUUUUGAAUUGUUUUUGUGAUUGUGUGUUUGAGUGUGUCUUCUGUGUGCAGUUUCAACUAGUGAACCAUUCUAAACUAUCAUAUUACGUUGUCAUAUACCGAGAAGUUGUGUAUUCCACAUGAUACGAUCAUGUUUGGAGUUUGCGCCCGUUUAAAUAUGUUUACGUUGAGAGCCAUUAACGAAAAAGCAACAAAAAAAAACGACGUGGUCAAUGUUACCUAAAACUAACCGUCAGGUUUCAGAAACAUACAGCGAAUGGUUGCAAACUUUUUCAUUUGAACAAUAUUUCAAUUCAAGCGAUCGUUCUCUACUAGCAAGCUUCUUUUAACGACCGAUCAAGCGAUCAUCAAGCAGCGCUUGCAUUAGAAUAGCACACGCGAAGCACCGGUAGCAGUGUGAACAACCUAUUAUUACCAAAAAUCUUCCAAAGUAACGGGGAAAAAUAUAAUUUAUUUGACACAAGGACAGAAAAAGGCUAUUUAUUGUUCAAUCUACCGUUGCCUGGAACGAGCGGCUAUUGCGAUCGGCGCAGUAGAUGAAUGCUGCCACAAACCGAGGACAGUGUGUCCAACUAAAAUUCUAAACGGUUAGUUGUUUUAAUGUAAAAAAGAUGAAAUGGUAUAAUUUGUGGACACCUAUGUUUCGUCACCUCUUCGUUUACCGUGUACUUCUAUGCAUGACGUGUAUAUGUGUAGGAUUAUAAUUCGGAGAUGCUCCAAAUCCAAUGACACUGAGUAGAGUUGAGUUAUCAAAGGCAGCGCAAACACGUGUGAUGCUCGUAAGCAGCAUGUACACAUAUAUGUAUACAUAUUGAUCCUAGCGGCAUCCGUAAUUAGGUAGUUCAUACAAGAGAGUAAUAAAUUAUACACGAAGGACAGACAGAUCAGACGGCUCGAUAUAUUUAUUCUACACAUUACGCAUCACCAUGCAUGAAACACGCAUCGCUAAGAUCACUAGCGCCGCGGUUUCGUACAUGGGAAUGUUAGGCAGAGUCAAACCCGGAAACCGGACAGGAAAACAAACACAAACCCGAACACACCUGGCGUGCAUGCGCCUAUGAUAUUUAUCUUUUAUGCAUAACCAAAGUUUUGUGAAUGAUUUAAAGAGCAAAUUGUUCUUGCGGAAACAGAAAAAAGAACCUAUAAACCGUGAGCGAACGCGUACGUGCGGUGCAAAAGAAGGACACGAGAAAUAAACUGUUGCAGAUGAUGUGAGCAUUA